UCUCAUAUCUGGUAUUCUCUUCCCCAGGGAUUUAUAUCACCUGGAGAAUUAGAUCCUCUGAACAGACGCCUGGGCUCAGAGAAGAAACCAGACGUAGUAGUUCAAGUGGUCAUCCUUGCUGAAGAUGACAUUAUCCAAACCAAGUUGCACGAAUUGGAUAUACAUGUCCAGACCAUUCAGGAAGUACAACCCAUUGAAGUCCAGCCAGCAAGGGUUCUGUCUCAUCUCUACACAUACCUUGGCCACAACAAGAAGAUGGGUUUGUCAGGGCGUCAAUCUCAUGAUGUUGGGAUUCUCAGCACAAGUAAACUUUAUUCAUUGCAAGAGAAAAACUUUGCCUUCACUCCUCAGUUCAUGGAUCAGCAUCAAUUUUACAUUGCAUCAGAUUUCGAUCUCCUGAUCGAUAUCUUCAAGAACGAAAUGAAUUUCCUACAGUCAGCAUGGCAGCACCAGCUGGGUCGACCCCUUGUGAUUAUGCUGUUUGAUGUGGAGGAUUUUUACUAUGUGAAUGACCCUCCCCUGCUGACAUUCAUGUUCCGCAAUGACAUAGAGUUCCUUAGCAAACACUGGAGCUUCUCACACCUACUAGGCCGGCCUACUGUCACAGCUGUCAUCUUCAGUAACAUGCUUGAUGAUGGGAAAAUUCCCUCUGCAAUGAUUGCGACCCUGAAAAAACUCAACAGUGGCUACAUCAAUGGCACUAGGGUGACUCUUGGAACCAUGGCCGAAUUUCUGAGCACUUCCUGUAUAACUGACCUGAGUUUCCUGGGAGACAGUGAGGCAGGAAAUCCUGAUGUGCUACUCUCUGAUGUGAGGGAUUAUCUGGAGCAUGUGACACACAAAGCAUUCUCUUCUUAUCGACACAAGAGAUCAUAUAUGGCACUAAUGGGAAAUAAGCAGAGUUCCAGGCCUCGCAGCAAGAGGAGGAUGUCCAUCAAAGGCUCCAUCCGUCGCACAAGGAGCAUUCAGAUUGAUCCUGAAUUGAAGAGAGAUCUAGUGACAGGGGCUGAAGUAUCCCUCCCACAAUCUCCUUUGGAUCUGAAGCCACCUGAAUUAGGAGUUACCAUUACAUUGCCAAAUUCUGGAACGCUUCAUGAUGAUUCCUCUGGUGAUGAAGAAUCCAGUCUACCUGAUGCAUGGAUGCCAUCCAGAUACAGGACGGUGUCUGAUGCCCAUUAUGAGAAUACGGAAAUUGAGGAGCUUCUGCUGAUGCUCAAGGAGUCAGAAAGUCUAGAAGAGCAAGGGGAUAUUCUGCAUUAUCUUGUCAUCACAGUGGGACUGUCAUAUGAUACUGGGGUGAAGGAGCAUGGAAAAGCUGUGACAGUGAAAGAUUUGGUCAAAGACCUCUAUGAAAAAGCCUGUCAUCAGAACCAGUGGGGACUUGUUCGUCAUACAGCAGGAAUGCUGGGAAAAAGAGUGGAAGACCUGGCAAAAGCACUGACUGAUCUUUUAGUUCGUCAGAAGCAAGUGACAGUUGGAAUGCCUCCUCAUCAUGAGCGCACCAUCACUGCUCCUCUACCUUCAACUGAACUUAGAAAGCUCAUUCAUGCAGCUUAUGGAGAUGAUGAAAGCUCAGCCAUGCUUACCCAAGAACUCCUUGUUUAUCUUGCCAUGUUCAUUAGAACAGAGCCAGUUCUGUUCUCUGAAGUGUUACGUCUUCGACUUGGCCUCAUCAUUCAGGUGAUGGCCUCUGAACUCUCAAGGGCUCUGCGCUGUCCUGCUGAAGAGGCUACUGAGCAUCUACUCAAUCUUUCACCAUUUGAGAUGAAAAAUCUUCUUCACCACAUCAUGAGUGGGAAGGAGUUUGGGGUUGAAAGUGCCAAGAGUGGGAAUUUGUCUGUGAUCAGUACCAAGUCUGGCAAAGUGAGCAAGAAGAGUCAGAUAGGGAGCUUUCUAGUCAAAGACAUGGGAGAGGCAGAUUCAUUGGAAGCUGGUGAUAGACAAGGUCAGUGGUUGAGAAGGAGGAGACUUGAUGGUGCCCUGAAUCGUGUACCACAAGGAUUCUACAAACAGAUGUGGUCAGUCUUGGAAAAAUGCCAAGGCUUGGCAAUUGAGGGGAAGGUCCUAUCCAGAGCACUUACACAAGAGAUGACACCUGGAGAAUUGAAGUUUGCUCUUCAUGUGGAGACAGUUCUCAACACUAUUCCACAACCUGAAUAUAGGCAACUCAUCGUGGAAGCUCUCAUGGUCCUUACAAUUCUGGCUGAGCACAAUGUUGCCCGCAACUUAGGAGGAAUUCUGAAUGUGGAACAAUUUGUCCAUGCUGCAAAUAGAAUCUUCCUUGAAGAUCAAAUGAAAUGCGAUGGAGAUGCAACACUAUGCUGUGCUGGGAAGGGGAAAACAGAGCCAUGUGGUGGUGCAGCCUAUAUUUGUAAUCAUUUCUACGACAGUGCCCCUAGUGGAUGUUAUGGCACUAUGACUUACUUGAUUCGUGCCAUGUCAAUCACCCUUGACUGUAUACCAAAGGAGGGAGAGAUUGAUUGUACAGUUAGUUAAUUGUUCGUGUCCCUGUGAUGUCUUGUAUUUUACUCCUUGCUAGUAUCACCAGUUAAUUUUUUUGAAGGUCUGUUUUCUUUGUGCUUGUCUCAUGGACAGGAUGAUAGAGAAGUCAUAAAGUACUGCCAAAAUAUCCCCUCAAGCUGCUUUUCCUAUUACUUCUAAGAUGCUCAAUACAAUCAGAGAGGGAGGGAGAAGCAGGUAUAGAUGCAUAACCAAAUGCAUCUUUGAACCAUGCUUGCUGAUGUUCUCUCAUUGUCCCAAGGCACCAUGAAAUCACAAAGUAAGAACUUCUCAAAUCUUUCAAUACUUCAGAGGUGAAUAGUGAAUAGGUGAAACCACUCCCUGUUCUGACUUUUCUUUGAUGCCACAAAUAUCUGGAGUUUUCAGAAUGGUCAAAUAGAAACAGAAACUAUUGAGAUGUAAAUUUUGAACUUCUGAAUAGACAGUCCUCUCCUGAUCCUUUUCAUGCCUAAAAUAGGAACUUGCUAGGGUUCCAGGGACAUGUAAAUGGUUAUGCAAAAAGAAGCACCCUAAUGGGGUAAUUGGUAUUACGUGAUGAUUCCAUCACCCCCUUACUCAGACUAAUAUAAAUUCAUCGGAGUAGCACUGAUUUGUGAAUACAGCUUUCUCAUUUACAUGGUAAGCUACAAUUAGGCUAGAACCAAAACUUGGAUGAAAUAGUGAGGAAAUUCUGGAUUUUCAAUAGAAAACUUUGGCAUUAUUUCAGCUUCUAUAUUAAUAUACCUAUGUACACCUGCCUAUCUGAAUAAGAGUGAAGCUGUGGGAUUUUGUUGCAAGAAAGAAAGAGAAUCAACAGGGGUGGGCACAAAAACUAGGACCAAGAUUUGUUUGUAGCAGGUAGCAAAUGGAUAUAUCAACUAUUUGCCACAUAGGCAAGUCACCACCUACCAUUGCCUAAGUUUUCAACCAACUUCAGCUUUCACUUUAGUGAAUCAUUACACUUAAUGUGACAAAGAAUGACAAACAUAUUUUAAAUAUAUGAAGAUGCAUAAUUCACAGAGUGAAAUUGCACCAUGCAAAAACUUAUUGAAUAUCCAAAUGUAGAUUAAACUGUCACUUUGAGCAAGAUAUACAAGUAACAUACACAAUACUAAAGUGCUCAAGCUGUUUUGAUACAAAAUUUGGUGUAGUUCAUUAGUAUUUAG